AAGGGAGAGCACCUGUGUGUGAGGGAGGAGACUAACGUGAGGAGAGCAGGUCGCUGUGGGGGAACACAGUGGACUUAGCAGACUACAGCUUACUUACAGAAGUACGUACGGAUGUUUGGAUUUCAGUGGCGUGUAGCAGCACACCCUGAAAUAAAUCAUAGACGAGAGAAAGAGAGAGAAGAGAAGAAAAGAAAGGUACAAAGGGAGGAUUGAGGGAAAUAAGGCUGACUGGUUGAGUAGCGUGAGGAUGUCAGAGAAAGGUGAGCAGAGCUGCUGCUGUUCUGAGAAAACAGACUGGAUGGAGUGAAUUAGCACCUUUCCUCGCACUGAUCCCACCUGGAACAAGAAGAACAGCUGUGAGACAAGAAGGAGUGAAUAAUUAUCUGUGCAGAAGGCGGGCAGGUUGGUGCGAUUCUAAACAGGCGAGUUCUGUAAACGUAGAGAGUUUUGGACAGGAGGACGUGUCAGGAUGAUGUCUGCACGGCACCGUCAGACCUGCCCCUCCCUCUCUGAUGAAGAAACCAAUGGGAACCACACAGAUCCUGGACCAGAACCAGACCACGAAGAGCUGGACUGGGACGGCUUUAGCACCACGUUGGAGCAUAGAGAAGCAGCUGAGCAGGAGAGCGUCCAGGCGUCCGAGCAGCACUGCGUCCAGCUGGAGAAAGCUCGGAGGGAGCUGGAGAGGCAGCUGUCCGGUCUGGAGGAGCGUCUGGAGGAGGAGGAGGCGUGUUCUGCUCAGCUCAUCCUCCACAGGGAGCGUCUGGAGGUUGAGUGCAGCAGCCUGAGGAGAGACGUGGACGAGCUGGAGAGCGCUUUGACUGCAGCCGAGCACGACAAACAGUCUUCAGACAGCGAGGUGAGGAGGCUGUCAGAGCAGCUUCAUCUGAAGGUCGAGGUGGUGCAGAGGCUGCAGACGGAUAAGGAACACCUGGUGGAGCUCAGCAAGCAAGCCAUCGAGGACCUGCAGAGCGAGGAGGAGAAGGUGAACCUGCUGACCAAAGAGAAGACCACACUGCAGAUUCAGGCUGAAGAUUUGGAGUUUCGUCUGGAGCAGGAGCGGCGUCAGUGCGGCGAGCUGGAGAGGAGCCGCAGGAAGCUGGAGGGCGACAGCAGAGCAACACAGGAGAGUCUGGGACAGAUGGAGUGGAGCCGCAGUGGGCUGGAGGAGCUACUCAAGAGGAAGGACAUGGAGAUCAGCAGCACAAACUCAAAGCUGGAAGCAGAAGAAGCUCUGAAUAUGGAACUGCAGAAGAAGAGCAAAGAGAUGCAGGCUCGAAUCGAGGAGCUGGAGGAGGAGCUGGAGGCCGAGCGAGGCAUGAGAGCAAAGGUCGAGAAGCAGAGAGCUGAUCUGACCAGAGAGCUGGACGACCUCACAGACCGCCUGGAGGAAGUGGGAGGAGUCACAGCCUCGCAGAUGGAGGUGAACAAGAAGCGAGAGGCCGAGAUGCAGCGUCUGAGACGAGACCUGGAGGAGACCUCGCUGCAGUCCGAUGCUCUCGCCUUGUCUCUGAGGAAACGUCACGGAGACGCCAUGUCGGAGCUGAGCGAGCAGUGUGAGGCUCUGCAGAGGGUCCGAGCCAAGCUGGAGAAGGAGAAGCAGAACCUGAGGAUGGAGGUGGACGAGCUGUCCGCUUCUCUGGACAGUAUGCAGAAAGCGAAGACGUCCUCAGACUCUCAGGUGAAGAAGCUGGAGGAGCUGCUGUCAGACGCACACAGGAGAGGAGACGACCUGCAGAGGGCGCUCACUGAGCUCAGUGUGGCCAAAAACAGACUCACAGCUGAUAACGCAGACGUGGGUCGACAGAUGGAGGAGGCCGAGAGCCGAGCGAGUCAGCUGAGCCGCUCCAAAACUCAGCUCCAGAACCAGCUGGAGGAUCUGAAGAAGCAGCUGGACGAGGAGAGCAAGUGUAAGCAGGGAGUGAGCAGCAGUCUGAGCUCGGCGCGGCAGGAGUGCGAGGUGCUGAAGGAGCAGCUGGAGGAGGAGCAGGAGAGCAAACAGGAGCUGCAGCGACUCGUCUCCAAACUGAACAGCGAGGUGACGCUCUGGAGGACCAAACACGAGUCUGACUGCAUCCAGCACGCCGACGAGCUGGAGGACACCAAGAAGAAGCUGGCGGCUCGGCUGCAGGAGGCCGAGGAGGCGGUGGAGGCUACUCAGGCUAAAUGUUCAUCGCUGGAGAAAACCAAACAGAGGCUGCAGGGGGAGGUGGAGGAGCUGUGCAUGGACCUGGAGAAGGCGAGCGGCUGCGGUCAGACUCUGGAUAAGAAGCAGCGCGUCCUGGAGAAGCAGCUCGGGGACUGGAAGCAGAAGUGUGAGGAGCUGGUGGCCGAGGUGGAGGGCUGUCAGAAGGAGAGCAGGCAGCACGCCGGAGAGCUCUUCAAACUGAAGACGGCUCACGAGGAGUCUCUGGAGCAGAUGGAGGCGCUACGCAGGGAGAACAAGGUUUACCAGGAGGAGAUCACCGACCUGACUGACCAGCUCUCAGACGGAGGGAAGAGUGUGCACGAGCUCCAGAAAGCCAAGAAGAAGAUUGAGAUGGAGAAAGAGGAGUUACAGGCCUCACUGGAGGAGUCUGAGGCCGCUCUGGAGGUGGAAGAGACGAAGGUGCUGAGGCUGCAGCUGGAGCUGUCUCAGGCUAAAGGAGAUCUGGAGCGCAGACUUCAGGAGAAAGAGGAGGAGGCGGAAGCUGCAAGGAAAAGCCACCAGAGGGCGCUUGAGUCCCUGCAGGCCAGUCUGGAUGUGGAGCUGAAGGGCCGAGCGGAGGGCCUGAAGCUGAAGAAGAAGCUGGAGUCUGAUAUCAACGAGCUGGAGCUGCAGGUCGACCUGCUGACCAAGAACAACGCCGAGCUCAGCAAGAGCAGCAAGAAGAUGCAGCAGCAGAUCAAGGAGCUGCAGGCUCAGCUGGAGGAGGAGGUACGGAGCCACGAGGAGCACAGGGAGGAGCAGGCGGCCGUAGAGCGACGCUGCGGCCUGCUGAUCAGCGAGGGGGAGGAGACUCGAGCUGCGCUGGAGUGUGCAGAGAGGGCGAGAAAAGGACUGGAGACCGAGCUGCAGGAGGCCAACGAGAAGUACAGCGACCUCAACAACCAGCUGCAGUGUGCUCUGAGUGGGAGGAGGAAGCUGGAGGUGGAUCUGCAGACUCUGCAGCAGGAGCACGAGGAGCUGCAGGGAGAGCUGAGAGGGUCCACAGACAAGAGCAAGAAGGCCACCUCUGAGUUGGCGAGGGUCGGGGAGGAGCUGCGUCUGGAGCAGGAGCAUGCGCUCCACCUGGAGCGGGUGAAGAAAGGUCUGGAAGCUCAGAUUAAAGACAUGAGCGGCCGUCUGGACGAGGCCGAGCAGAUGGCUCUGAAAGGAGGGAAGAAGAUCAUCCAGAAACUGGAGGGGAAGGUGAAGGAGCUGGAGCUGGAGUUGGACUCUGAACAGAAGCGACACGCAGAGACGGUAAAAACGCUGCGUAAGAACGAGCGCCGGCUGAAGGAGCUGCUGUUCCAGUCCGAGGAGGACCAGAAGAACCAGCAGAGGAUGCAGGAGCUGGUGGAGCGUCUGCAGAACAAGAUGAAGGCCUACAAGAGACAAGUGGAGGAGGCCGAGGAACAAGCUAACAUGAACAUGGCCAAGUACAGGAAGACGGUCAACGAGCUGGACGACGCUGAGGAGCGAGCGGACAUCGCUGAGUCAGCACUCACCAAGAUCAGGACCAAGAACAGAGGCAGCUUCAGCAAAGGAUACUGCUCUGGUUACAGCACCCCGUUCUCCGGCCUGGUCAGGUCACCCAGCUCUGUGGGCUCCGAGGGCAGAGGGGAGAAGAUCCUCAACGACGACGAGGAGUCCGUCAGCUCCCUCAUCCCCGCGUAUCUCAACUCCCUGAAGAAGCUCAUGGUGGAUUAAAACACGGCUGAGGGCUCUGACUCUCCUGCAGAGCUUCAUCCUGCCUCCGAUUAAUGCGGAGGACGGAAACAGGAAACACCAGAGGCAGAAACUGCAGCUUCAUUCAGGUCAUAAACAAACUGUUUCAUCUGUCUGUGUGUGAUGUACAUGCACACAGAAAGCAUCUACUUUGUACUCAUUCCUUUUACUCUUUAUGUACUGUAUGUCUGCAGGAGGUGUUCACACAGAAAGGGAUGCAUUUAUAGUCUUACAUUAUGAGCACAAGCUUGGUGUUGUUUGGGUGCUUUGUCGAUUAAAAACAACAGAUGAGUCAGAAACUAAAGGGGCUGAUAGGUUUCAUUUCAUCUUGGGGGGGAAUGUGUCUGGAUUAACUUUAAGUUUCUAGUGAGGAACAUGUUGGCUGAAAUCUGGUGCUUAAAACAAACAGAUGUUGCUGUGAUUUAUUAGAAAUAAAGCGUUUUAAAGGACGCUGAAAUAAUUACAUCAUGAGGCAGAGUUUUUACAGAAAAGUCUGAAUUCUUUUCUAAUAAAUGAGAAAAUGUUUGCAGAGAGUUUGCAUUGACUUCAUUAUCCCGUUAUUAGCCUUAGCUAGCACGGAGGCGAGUACAUCUGUAAGAAAUGCUCAACAAAGACUUCCUGUGUUCGCUGAUUCCUGAUGUUCUCAUGGAGAUAAUAAGAUAAAAACAAUUUGAAUAUAAGAUACAUUUUCAGCUCUAAAUAAUCGAACAUGUUGCAGUAAUGGCUGCAGAUAUCAUGUGAACAGACGGGAGAGGUUUGUGGAGGGUGUCCAUUAAUGACCCGAAGUUAAUAAACCACUUAAGGCCGUGACACACCGAGGAGAUUGUCCGCACUGGGCCCGAGUUGUACCGUCGGUUAGUGAUGGUUGCACUGUUUUUGCUGUGUGUGCGUCUGUCAGUCAGCGUGGUUGGUGAGAGGAGUCACUCUGAUUGGCUGUUCAGCUAAGCGAAUCAGUGCACGUGAAGAAAAACAGAAGUGACCAAAGCAAGUUAAAGACUACAGUCAAGAGGCACCUUUUUAUCAGACAUUAUUCUCCAUUAGUAGGCUACAUAUAAUACAUGCUCAGAACGUACGUGGUGGUUGGCCGUCGGCUGUAGUCUUUGCGGUGUGUUCUAGUGCAACUUUUGGGCCAAGAAGGGGGGUGACGUGGGGUGACGCCACAGUCGGCCGUCGUCGCCACUAGUUCUUUGCCUUCCGCUUGGUGUGUCAGGGCCUUUAUGAUCAAUUAGUUCUAGGAUACAAAGUGUAGCCAGUCAUCGGGUUUUUAAAGGUUGAUGAUAAUAAAAAAUGCAGGUGUGUCUCACAUAUUUAAUUAAAGUGUAUCAGUGUGAACUUUUAACCACGUCUUUAUUUUCUCCAUCUAAACGUGUAACCAGGCGUCUGGUCGAAUCAUUGAUGUUGAAUGUGAAAAUGUUUUUUUUUUCUUUGCCAAUAAAGUUUGACAUUUGUUA